GCAUUACUUUCAAAAUAAAGCUUUAUUUUAUAGUCUUCUGAUUUGGAAAUAAUACAUGCGGAGGCCCCUAGGGCGCCUCAAAUCUAUGGUCCAGCGUGUCCGGGGCUCGAGUCCGGGUCUCGGGGCAGCGCGUUUCCGUGCGCCGUCCCUUCCCGGCAGGGCAGCUCCCGGCUAGAGGGGCUGUGCCCUCCGCGUCUGCGCGCGCUCCCGGGCUGCGGGUGGCACCCGCUCCCUCGCCCUCCCGCCCAGCCGGGGCGGCCCCGGGGUCACGUGGCAGGGAGGGCACCCGGCCCGCGGCCCCCCCGGCCCGCCGUCCUCCGCUGUCCGCUCCCAUGGCUGCAGCCUUCGCGCUCCUCGCGGGGAUCCUGCUGCCCUGCUGGAGCGCGUCGGCCAAGUUUACCAAGGGGUCAGUAAAGGGGAAUGGGGUUGAGUGCUCCCACCACUCUGAGUGCUUCAGUGACUGCUGCCUCAUGAACUUGGACGCUAAGGCUGCCUUCUGUGCCCCCAAGACCAGAAUAAACAAGGUAUCCAAAAAGCCAACCCAAACCAGUCUGGAUGAUGAGGGAAUCAUCUGUGGUGAGAACUGGAAGUCCAGAGGCCAGUAGGCCUCAAGUCUGGUUGAAUCUAACAAUUCCAUGGCCCCCAGGCUGGAUUCCUUCCCAGUAGCCACAAAAGUCCCAAGUGUUGUCUCAUCACAACAGCUAAGAUUUAUUGAGCACUUACUAUGUUCCUGACACUGUGCAAAGUACUUCCGUACCUGCAUUAACUCAUUUUACUAUAACAGCAAUGUUGUAGUAGGUGCGAUAGUUAUCCCUAUUAGUAAAAAGACCCCUAUUUGAGGGUUGAGGCUCAAAUUAGACCAAGGGUUGGGACUGAGACUUGAACCUAGGCUGUCUUGCUCCAGUGGCAGACUCUUAACCACAAAUCCACCUCACAAGUGCACAGCAUUCCUUCCAGAGAAAGGGAAGUCUCUGUUCCAUGGUUCUUAACAAACAGUUGGAUUGAUUCUCAUUGAAUUGACUCAGUUUUCAAGCUCACCCUGAACCAAUCACUGUGGUGGAAUCUGCUGACUGAGUUAGCCUAGGUCAUGUGCAGGGGUGGAGUCAGCCCCCUGGGAAAAUUCUGAUGGGGAAGGGUGCAGGUUCUACUGGCGUCCCCACGGCCAAGAGGGUAUCAACACAGUCGGAACGCAGAACUCCACUCUCUUUUCUGGCCAGAUGCUGAUGAAGAUACCUUGUCUUGACCCACUGGUUCCAGUCUUGACCCACCCUCAUGGGUCAGGCUGGAACCUGGACUCUACCUCAGCCCAACUUCUGCCCUCAGGGCCACCCUUCCCUGGACCCACUCAGCACUCAUUUGACAUAACAACAGUGUAACUCAGAGAUCCUUGGUCUCACACAGAAAUCAGAAAUUGUUUUUUCUCCUCUAUCAUUAUAUCUUGAUCAUUUCUCCCAUGUCACCAAAGUAUUUUUGAAAACAUUAAAGACUGCCUAAUUUCA